GAUUGCUCGCUCGCUUUCCUUCUUUUCCUUCUCCUUAUCGGAUUAUUUUGCAGCAGGACCCACGUAUCCUCCCUCCCUCCCUCACACACAAACUGGCUCUCUCUUAGGUUGCUUUUGUUUUUAUUGUAUUACUCUCUUGUGCAACAGGGGGCGGGAGAAACUAAGGGUGGCCUUGAUUUUUCUCUUUAGCAUUUUAAACACACACAGAGUGUUUGGGGUAGAGAGAGAGAGAGAUCUGGUCCUUGAUCCUGUGAGUUGCUACCUCUACAUGCCUGAGCCAGCAGACAAAGCAAGCACGGAUGAAGUUGGUACGGUUACCCCGGGGCUUGCCGUUUCCUCCUUGGGUCAGAGGAAUCACAGAGACUCUCCUGCCCCCUGUCCGCUACUGAGCUGAAAAUCCACCUCUGGGAUUUAACCUGCUGCUCCUGAAUUUCCUCCUCUCCUGUCUGUCUCACUCUGCUUCUUCAUCCCACCUUCCCGCUUCUUCAACACUGGACCAGAGCUGGAUUCUGAUGGAACUGCCAAGAUGUUCAUGUCCAGAAUCCUGGAUUUUCAGAAGACAAGAUAUGCCAGGUGUAUACAGUUUCAGGCUGCGCGCCAGAGAGGAGCGUUGUGAAACAGAGAGGAAACUUUCCCAAGACCCUGAGAGUGAAGCCAGCAGGGAGAUGCGCUUGCUGUGCAUGUGAAAAGGAAACAGAAUCUCCAUCCCCUGACAGGUUUAUGAAUCACAGGGUCCCGUCCAACCGGAGAUACCAGCCAACGGAGUAUGAGCACGCAGCGAACUGUGCCACGCACGCCUUCUGGAUCAUCCCCAGCAUCCUGGGCAGCUCCAUCCUCCACAUCCUCUCAGAUGACCAUUGGGAGACCAUCUCAGCCUGGAUAUAUGGGUUUGGCUUGUCUGGCCUCUUCACUGUCUCCACCAUCUUUCACACCAUCUCCUGGAAGAAGAGGCACCUCAGAACAGUGGAGCACUGCCUGCACAUGUUUGACCGGAUGGUGAUCUACUUCUUCAUAGCAGCAUCUUAUGCCCCCUGGUUGAACCUACGGGAGCUGGGUCCCUGGGCCUCCCACAUGCGCUGGAUCAUCUGGAUCAUGGCAUCUAUUGGAACCAUCUAUGUUUUCUUCUUCCAUGAGCGGUACAAGCUGGUGGAGCUGGUGUGCUACGUUAUCAUGGGAUUCUUCCCUGCCCUGGUGAUCCUUUCGAUGCCGAACCGAGAUGGCCUCGUGGAGCUGAUGGCUGGUGGGCUUUUUUACUGCCUGGGCACGGUGUUCUUCAAGAGCGACGGGCGCAUCCCCUUUGCCCAUGCCAUCUGGCACCUCUUUGUGGCAACCGGAGCAGGCAUCCACUACUAUGCCAUUUGGCGGUACCUCUACCGGUCCGACGUGCUGGAGGCCAAGACGUCCAGAUAAGAGCCCCAAGGACACGGGACACGCCAGUCGGCACUUGGGGGCAGAUUUCCCAAGGAGCUUGGCUCUGUUUCCUGCCAGAAAGCCAUUGCCAGGGCCCGCUCCCCUGAUGGGAGGGAGUCUCUGGUGUCCGUCUCCAGCCAAUCUCAUGCAGACGGAAGAGCCCAAAAGGUUUAUUUUAAACUGAUUUUAACCUUGUAUAGUGUUCGGUUGUUAGGCAAAUGUUUCAUAACAAAAUGAACAGUGAAUGGGGUUGUUGGCGGAGCGGACUGACCCGACCAGGGCAAUGGUCUUUGUGCUAAGGCUGUGUUCACAUGGUCCCGAACAACCUUGACACUUGCAAAACCCUCAUCCAAAUGGGAGCCCCGAACCAGCAGGAGCCCAGUCUCUGCCGCUCUGGCUGCUGGACCCUCUGGCUGCUUUCAAGGGGAGAGGCUCCCCUUAGAUAGAAGCCGUUAGCUCCAGGAGGGACGCCGGAGGCUGGUGAUGCAUGAAGGUGGAUAGGCAGAAUGGACACUUAACGCCAGUGAACACCAGGAUAAGAGCAUAAGGUACCGGUUUGUUUCCCACUCUAACGAGCCCGCUAGUUAAGGGAACAACUCCUUAAACAAGGCUCCUUGAUUCUGCCCAGAAAGGAGAGUAGGCAGGAGAUGUCAGACCUCACAAGAGUCAACCACGUCUGUCAUCUGAUGGGGCUCUUUUUUAUGGGUUUUUUCCUUAAAGGGAUACCCCCCUGCUCCCUCCGCCCCCUGUACAACUAACUUCGGGGAAAGCAGGUUCUUGUGGCAGCAGACGAGCAAGGUGAACCUGAGCUUGGUUUAACCAGGGGCAGUUAAGAUCACGUUUCCCCGGCCCACAGCGUUCUGAAGGCAGAGAGUGGGGUUGGAAAAGAAGUUCUGGGUUUGGCCAGGCUGUAGCGGCAGGAUAAAAUCUUAGUGUGAUUGGGAUCCCAAGUGUGGAGAUGGGAUGCGAAAGGAAUCAGGGAGCCUGCCUCACCCUAGGAUGAGUUACCACUCAUAGGACCAAGUUCAACUCUGGCCCGGGGACCGACUGGCACUGGGGUUGAAUUCCUGUUUUUAAUAGAGCUGCCAGUGUCGCAAUCUGCCAGAGAAGGUGCAGGGUUGGCCGUUCCUAGGCUUCUGAUGGGAGAGUUGUUUCCAUUGAUAUUUUAAAUCUCGUCUCUGUAGAGUGGGGAGGAUUCGCACACUGUAUCCUGUGCACAGCUCUUCAGCUGUAUCCAGAGGAAGCCGCUCCCAUUCUAGGGCUUUCAUCACUCUUGUUUCCAUGCAGAGAUUUCGGUGCGUACGUCUAUGCAGCACAAAGAGACCCCGGCCAGCAAGUCUCAGAGCCUGGGUCGACUGCCUGAGGCUCGCGCUGCAGGACUAAACAUAGCAGUGGAGACAUUCAAGUGUGGGCUGGAGCCUGGGCUCUGAGACCCUCGCACCUCACAGGGUUUCCAAGGCCAGGCCCAGCUCAAACAUCGACAUUGCUAUUUUUAGCCCUGCCUCCCCAGCCCCCAUCGGUUGACUCUGUCCCUGAGACUUGCUGCUGUGGGGUGUUUAGCUGUGUAGAUGUAUCCUUAGCGAUUUCACUCCUUCUGUAGCCUUUAGAAAGUCUCUGUAUACGCAAAGGGGUCUAUUCUCCUCUGCUCUCCUCCUCCUGCUGCUGGGUGAGGUUCCCUUAUCUUGCCACAGACCCUCUAGUUACUAAGGAGGUGUCAAAAUGCACAUGGUCAGCAUGCCAGAACCAUGGGCUAAGCACCAGCAGUUUCUGUUGACUUCUACUAAGGUUGCAGGUGUGCAGCACUUUGGAAAAUCUGGGUUGUCCAAGGCCUCGAUAUGCAGCAAAUAGGGCAGGAGUGAAAGCCGGUACGGGCCGGUACGGUGUACCAGUAAGAAGCUGGUACCAGCCCGUACGCAGCUCAUGUUAACGUCAUUUCCCCUUUUGCCCACCCCGGGCCGCUGACAGGGCGGGGCAAAAGGGCAGCUGCCCCGGGGCCGGCAAUUUAAAAGGGCCAGAGGCUCCUGGCCACCACUGCUGCUACUGCGGCAGUGGCCGGAGCCCCAGGCCCUUUUAAAUCGCCGCUGGAUCCCCAGGCGGUAGGGGCCGGGCAGCGCAGAUUGGCUGGCUGGGGGAGGCUGACCCCCCAGGCCUGCCCCUUCUGCCCAAGGCCAGAGCUGACCCCCGUACCGGUAAGAAUUUAUUAUGACUUUCACCCCAAAAAUAGGGUCCGGUGAAGGGGUAACCUGGGGGCAGGGGUCUUGAGGAAUCAGUUCAGUGGAAACCUCAAAUUGCAAGGGUGUCUCUUGGCUGCGGUAGGGAUUUGGCCUCCAUGCCCUGGGAUUCAGUUUUUACCCUAGUUCCCAGGCCUUAGUUACAGAAGGGAGAUAGGAGAGAGUUUCACUAACAGAGCCAGGGCAGGCCUGGAACCCUGCACUUUCUCCCCAGGAUCUGAGGUUUGUUUUAAGGGUUUAAUCAGAUCACUGAAAAUUCCUGACAUCCCCUGUCCCCUGCUGAAUGGUAACGUCUUAGUUUAUGUAACAAAGCAAACAAGCCAUCGCCCCUGCUAGCCUCAGAGUGACCCCCCCGGCUAUAGACUGGAGAUGGUUAUUCCAGCAGCGCAUCUGCCCUCACCAGCGCUCUGCAAUCCAAAGACCAGCUGAACUGAUAAGCUUCCAGCUGGAGCCAUCUAUUUUAUCUGCAGCUGCAAUACCUCAACUGGCCACAUGCGGAUGAGGGGGCAGCACUGAGUUGGGACCCCAGUCCUUGAAAUGGACACCGCCCAGGUUUGCUGGUGAACCGUAUGAUCUAUAAAAGCACUUUGUGACUGGAGGGCCCAGGGUCAGCAAAGCCUUACAUGUGACUGAAACUUGAAUCCAUUCCAGGACUCCCUAGAGUCUCUGAGCACUGGAAAACCUUGCGUCUAAGCCAGUAUCCAGCGGACAACUCUGUACAUUCCUUAUAGAUGGGCAUUCAGACAUUUCGUACACGAUGCACUUUGCUUUCCCCCCCAUCUUCAGCCCCAGCUGUGGUUCAAAAGCGAGAUCCCUAUUCAAAGCCUUUGCCACUUGUGUGCCUUUGCCCGGCAGAGGGAAGAGGGUGAAUCUGGAUCAACCCCUCCAUCUGGCUGGAUCACGAUUCACUCGAUAUCGUUUUUUGCAAACUAGAAAUGUAAACCUGAUAGAAUAAUCUAGAAAAUGUGGAUCGGGAUUCAGGGGUUUUGUGUGUCCUCCUUGUGCUGCAUGCAUUCGGUAGGCUACACUGGGGUUAGCGCCGUUCUCUUGAUGGCUGUCAGCAGCCUAGAUUUGUAGCUACUUUUAGGCGAAUCUUUAUUGCUCCAAAACCCAUGUGUGAUGGACUCUUCCAUUUAGCGUGCAGUGGGUGUGUCGAGAGGGGAGAUGGAUCACAAUGAUGCUAUAAUUUUGGGUAGAUCAUUGAACAGGAUUAUACUAAAGAACUUCCAUGUCAGGGUGGGAAACUGUUGUAUGACUAGAGCUCCACUCAUUGCAAUAUCUUGGUGCUGGCCCCUUAUAAAACACACGCAUGGUAGUGGGAAUGGAUGUCAGGAGGCAGUUGUCAGCCAGGAAUGAGGGGCCUAUUGGGGCUAAGGAUCUCCCUCAGGGUGAAUGUUGAUCAGGGCCACCCAGAGGGUGGGGCAAGUGGGGCAAUUUGCCCCAGGCUCUGUGCCCUGGAGGGGCCCCCCACGAGAAUAUAGUAUUCUAUAGUAUUGCAACUUUUUUUUAAUGGAAGGGGCCCCCAAAAUUUCCCCAGGCCCCCUGAAUCCUCUGGGUGGCCCUGAUGUUGAUACUCUGCAGACGAUCGGAUGCCUUUGUAUCUGCGCUGAAUUCAGAUGAGCUUGCCAGAUACUUUACCCAGUUCUUUGGACCAUCGUGAAUGUGCAGAACGUACGUUCUGUUUCCUGGCUCUCUGGUCAGUGUCUGCAGAUUGCUGCUGUUUGUUCAGGGUCCCAGCAGGAUUCUGACCCCAAGUCAUUAACCUGACUUCCAGCAGGUACAAGAGAAUGAUCAUCAAUGGGAGAUAUCAGAGCUUUUACGGUUCAAAUGCCCUCAAUCACUGUUAUUCCCAGCAACGGUGCAGUGAGUUUUUGAAUGAACUGCCAUCAACUUGGCUUGGGUUUUUUAAUACAGGAUCAUUAGGAACUGAAAGCUGUUUUAUUCCUGUGUUCUGGCUUCCUGAACUGUUAUGGAUGAGUGAGGUUAUGGCCUUGAUUUACACAUACAAUAUAAGGUAAUUGCACAUGUAAAUAUCUGACUGCAAUUGCAUCCUCAUUAUGGGACAGAUGAGUGGGUGGGCCUCUGUUUUAUCAAAUGGACAUGAUCUCCGUUUCCUUGAUCUGUUGCUGGGGAGCUCUGGAGUGGAAGUAAUCUCUCGAUCUAGAAAGGAAGGGUCAGGGUGAAAGUCAUGCACUGAUUUUUAAUUAUUAAUAUUGAGGGUGGCAUUGAGCUGGUGCUGCCAGCAGAUCUCAGACCAUCACUCCACAGCUUCCUACCUGCUGAGCUCACAGCUGAAUUUCCAAAACCCUCAGGCCAGGCUCCACAUGAGAGUCUGGAACCUGGGACAGAGAUUUCCAUCUCUAGUCAUUAACUCCUCGGGCAACUCUUUGCUGGUCCCUUCGGAAGGGAGACAGUGGCCCAAAUUAAUCGCUAAUGCAUCUCCAUUGACUUGAGAUACAUACACCAGGGAUGGGCUUGGCACAGUAACGCUAUAACAGAGUUGAACAUCAGAGGCCUCUGGUGUGAAGUGCACAGCCUCAGCCUCUGGUUUUAACCCCGCAGAGAGAGCGCUCUGGAUCUCUGUGGGUAAGUCUAUAGUGCGGCUGGGAGAGGCACCCCCUCUGUGCUAGCUCUGCUGGUGCUAAAAAUAGCGGGGUGGAAGUUGCAGCACAUUCAGUGGCUUGAGCUAGCCACCUGACUCUAAGCCUGCCCACCCCCGAGCUGCAAGCAUACUUUUAGCAUGCUAGCUAGAACAGGGCUAGUGCAAUUCUGUCUUCCCCAGCUGGGAAGCUCGCCCCUAGCUGCAGUGUAGACAUACCCUGUGGGUCUGGAGCUUGCAGAUCAGUGGCACUGAUAACAGCUAAAACUUUCCUUCUGUAACCUAAAGGAGCAGCAGAUCGCCUUCCUCAGUUCGCUUGUGCUGCCAGCAGCUCAGAGUCCAACCCAGAUCCCCAUGAGCCGUCUCUGUCAGGCCUUUGCUGGAGACAGGCCUCCGGUCGGGUCUGCUUGACCCAAGUGUCUCUGCAUCCAAGCUGAUCCUACUGCCAGUGCCAGGGUAUUUUUCUCCGUAGGAGAUAAAUUUAAUACAUUCAGGACAGAGGCACUGUUGUCUUGUAGUUACCAAAGGGACUGGGAUUCAGGACUCCUGGGUUCUACACACAUCGCUGUCACUGACGGACAGUAUGACCUCGGGCAAGUCACUUAAUCUCUUUGUGCCUCAGUUUGUCCAUCUGUAAAUGUCCAUCAGAAAAAUCAAACAUGACCCCUCUUCCAAAGGACGACACAAUCCUUAUUGUCGCUGUGGGCCAAGCUGGCAUGGAGAAUUUGUAUGCACACCCAGUAGAGGGUGCAAAACUCUCUUAAGCGCCCAGUCACCCUAUUUGCACGUGCCAAUUUGCAUGUGCACAAGAAGGGGACCAACGUGUGGCCUUGUGUAUUAACACGUCACUGUUUCCCCAUAAGGGAUAUUGCCUGAAAGAAUUCCUCCCUUUUUAGCCCUACCCUGAAAUUCAUAGGCAGACCUGGGAAGCCUCCAAACUGACUGAUUUCUCUGCUAAUCCCCCGGGUUAAUCGGAACUGCAGCAUCAUUUGUUUGACAAGAUUUGGGAUAUUUUGUAGGAGUGCAGCCACUGGUCCCCAUCCCACGCACUUUCAAGGGCCUGACUCUGUGGGUGCUGAGUGCCCUCAACUCUCACUGACCUGGAUGGGAGCUGAGGACACUUGCAGGAUUGGGCCCUAAUGGGCAAGCCCUCCUGUGUAUUGUCGUUCCCCAAAGAGAGGAUUAGAAAGUGCCUGGUUAAAUUUGCCCCCUCUUGAAAUGCUGGCUAGAGUCUCACUUGUAAGUUUCUGGUUCAAGAGGUUUAUGCUUUGAUAAGGAAAAUGUACAAGUGGCAUUGCUGGAUAGACAUGUCCCAACCAGGAGCUACCCUGCAUGUAUUCACACAUCCAUUGGCUAAGGCACCAGUGCUCUCUUUCCCAUGUUGCUUGUGUGAGUGCCUACAUAUUUGUGCCUGUGGCUUUCCUCGGUCAUUUGUACAACCUCUUAGCUAAGUUGCCUGGAGUCUGCAGGUGCAGAAGCUCUAUUCUGUUGCAUGUCCAGAGGGGAGAAGCCCUGUGUUCCUAGCAAGGCCUAUGUGGCUGCCCAAGUCCCUCUCCUCUUCCGGGUAGGGGAGUCACAGAGCAAUCGGGCUGGGUGGAGUUGGAGUCAGGCAGAUGCAGGGCAGGCAGUGAGCAGAGGUGGGUCCAGGGGGGCUGGAACAAUUUGUAUCGUGGGGGUGCUGAGAGCACUUGAACCAAAGUGUAAACCCUAUGUAAGGUGGAAACCACUUCAAGCCGGGGGUGUGGCAGCAGCAUCACUAAUUCCAGCACCUAUGGGUGGGUCUGCCGCAGCCCAGCAGGGGAAAGCUGAGAUUCUCCCACACUGAGGUUGGACUGGGAAUGCAAGGGGCAGGGGAUGUUAUUAGGAGAGGGAAUCGGAUAAUGCUUAAAGUAUCUUAGUAGCCACAGACAGAUUCCAACAACCCAAGAAACCUGAGCGAACCCAAGUGCCUUACCCACGGGGGGAAAGCGAUCGCUCCAAGGAAGCCAUGAGCCAAAGUUGGCUCUCAGUUGCACUGUUUUCAUUCCAUUGAAAUCAACAGGGCUGCACUGGGGUAAAGAGAGCGGAAUUUGCCCCCUUACCAUCAAGGAGCUAUUCCACUGCCAAACUCCCAAAUGUUCCACCGUGCAUCGCCUCCAGGGAGCUGGAAAGGCAGCUGGGUGAGCUGUUAGUCACGAGACCAUCUCACUGGAGAAAGGGGAUGUUUCCAGUGGUGUAGCUCCAGUUACUAUCCCGUCUGCCUAGACUCUUCUUAGCAGCUCACUGUGGCAAUGCUCCAUGUACAAGUGGGACCCCCCCACACUUUUCCAAAACUGAGAUCUAAAUGUCCAAUAGCCUCAGUAGAAGGUAGAGGGGCCCAAUCCAGAACCCCAGACCCAGACUUUGGGGGCUGAACUGCCCUGGGUUGAGCCCAUCUCGGCUCAGAAGGGUGUUUGAAAUAGGAAUCUGUAUGGCUGUUUCCUCCCUGCACCUUUCUGUGCCCCUUCACCUGCUUCCGUGGUUCUUACCCUGUGGCUGCUCUUAAUCCUUACCAGCUGUUAAGCAAAAUAAACCUGUGUAAAAUGAACAGGUGGCUGUUUGGGACCAUUUCCUGGUUAUGAUAGAAGGAGGUGUGGCCUGAACACAGAACUGGGAGGCAGGACUUCCUGGGUUCUAUCCCCACCUCUGCCACGGUCUUGCUGGUUGACCUUGGGCAAGUCACUUAAACAUUCUGUGCCUCAAUUUCCCUAUCUGUCAAAUGGGGAUAAUGAUACUGACCUACCUCAUGGGGCUGAUGAACUGAUGUUUGUAAAGCACUUUGAGAUUGUUCAGUGCUGCAUAAGUGCUACGUACUUGAUUCUGAAGGAGACCCACUUCGCCUGGAACCAGAUGGCUGCUUAACAGAUCUAGAUUUGAGUCUCAGAGUCACAUCAGAAUGAGAGCAGCUCCAGCCUACAGCUACUUUCCUCCUUCACUUUCAUUGACUCAGUGUCACAGGGACAGAGUUCCACAGGACAGAUGCGUAUGGUAGAGAACCCCAAACCUGAUUUCCUCUGCUGGGCAAAUACCCCUUAGUAACCAAGGCCACAAAGUGACCAGUGAGGCACCAAAACUUGAAACUGCCAUAGAAAAAGCAGUAACUAAACAAAGGAAAAAAUGACCACAGCUGGGAGCAGCAAUUGAGACAUGGUUCUGCUCCUUUAGUACCUGCUGUCUUUAUUUUUGCACUUCUGGUCUUAACGGUCACACUGCCUAUAACAAGUGUGCUCCGAAAUCCAAGGUCCAAACAGGUGCGGGAGCACUUCCUCCUGCCCAGCCCCCCACCUCCUAGGCAAAACACUCCACUUUAUCUCCUUGUCCUGGUGGGGCUUCAUCCCUAUAGGAGGUGGGUGGGCAGGGAAAUCUACCCACCUGGCUUUGCUCGCUUCUCACAGCUGUCUCACAGAUGCCCUCAUGUCCAGAGCCAUAUCUCCCUCCGUCCCACACAGGCCUGGUCUCCUCGCACUUUGGUUAUUGUAAGUUAAUGACAGCAGGAAUGCUGAAUCAUGGGACCAAAGGCACAGAAAAUUAGGAUAUAGAAACUAAUCUCAUGCUGUUUACAGAUUCCUGUGCUAUCAUAUUUCAUUUCUUCCACGUUAUAUCCCAGAUCUUGCGCCGCAGCACGUUAAGAGGUUUGGUUGCAAUACAACAGACCAGACGCCGUCUCUGCCACCCCUUUACGUUUUGGAGAGGACUUCCCCACAAAGCAAACCCUUGUGGGUUAGAAUGGCUUAGAGACAACAAACUAUUUGAUUUGGAGGGGGUCUUUCUAGACCGCCCUUAUGCCCAUCUUCUGCUUAAAGCCAAAUCCAGGGGGAGAUUUUCAAAGGCAGAAAUGAGAGUUGUUUGCCCAGUUCCCAUGGCUUGUCAAUGGGAGGUGAAAGUCUAACUCCCAUUGUGCUCUGAAUAUCCCCUCCGGCUUCAGAUCUCAUUCACACAGUGCAGGAUUUGCCAAGCAGGAGGCUCCAUUACUGUCAAGUUCCAGAUCUUCUUGUGCUUUAUAAAUCCUUUCUAUUGUAUAACCAGGGAUUAUCUGAUUGUCAUAACCUUUGAUACUAACUUUUAAUGACUUGUAACAUUUAGGAUGUCUGUGAAUGAGAUUUGUAGAGUGAUUUUUUUUUAGUGUCUUGUAUUUUCUGCCAUCCACUCUUGUGAAGCAGUAUUUUAUAUUUAACACAGUAUUUAAUAAAAAAUAUAAUGAUAAUGCUAGAGGACAUCAUUUCUUGUGGAGUAGGAUUUAAAUAAAGACUCGAGAUACCUCA